GUUCUUCCCACUGACACCGAGUUAGCUCAGAUUACCAAUUUGGGUGAGGCUCGGCAAUGGGCAGGCUUGGCAGAACCCACAUGGACCGCAGUCAGUGCUGGCCUUGGAACUUUGCCAUCCUUGCGAGUUUUCUCCAGUGUGUCUUCCUCCUCUUUGCGAUCCAUACUGCAAACUGUGCGUGUGACCGUAGCUGGCGUGGAACGCGAAUUGACGGUGGUAGAGUCAAUUCAGGUGGCGCUUAUGUGGAGAGUGGCAAGGCAGGCAUAUCAGUUGGAAGACGUCGACCCUCUUGCAGAUCCAAUGACACCCACGUCUACACCUGCGGCUACAGCAACAGGUGGAACAAGCCCGGCUGGAAAGAGGAUCAAAACCUCGUCAGUGCUGGACCAGUUGGACGAAUCCGAGGUGCAACAUUUCGCAUCAGCAGAGCUCGAUCAGGCUUACAGAAAUCAUUCGGAGAUUACAGGUUCGGAUCCACCAGAGGAUUGCGAGCCCACACCAGAACAGAUAGCAGCUCUUCACGCCAAAGUCAUUGGCCGGGGAGAGGCGCCAUACGCGGAUUUUUCUGUGCUCACUCCGUUUGGACGUCGAGCUCAGCGCCAGAUGAAAGCAAGGGCAUGGACACUACAACAAGAUGGCACAUUCCGGGCACUAGAUGUGCCCGGGCCGCCAUCCUUCGAGGCAUGGUCUGCAUGCUGGAAGGUAUAUCGUGCAGCCCUCUUCAUGCUCAGGUAUGCGGCGUUGGCACCGAAUGCGGCCAAGAAAGUUGUUUCGACGGCUUGCUUGGAGGAAUACUACGAGAAGAUAGUGCGCCUCAACGCCGAGUUUCCGGAAGCAUGGCACCUCAUCGUUCAAGCAGAAGACAGAUGUCGAUCCGAGAUGUUCGAGAGAUACCGACGCCAGUUGGUCAAAGCGGCAGCAGAUGGAAGACUUCCAAUGGGGCUGGACUUCGAUGGCUCCACACCGUGGAUCGGAGUUUUCUGUUUUGCUGCGCGAAAUGGCACAUACUGGGGCGAAUAUGUCACCAGACCGGCUCAAAACUUCAUUGCUCGAGGCGGAAAGCAUAUGACCGCCGACCGUGCCAGUGCAGUGAAUAUCCCAGAUGCUGCCAAAGAAGCCUUGGACAAUGUCACCACAGCAACAGCUCCUGCAGAUCCUCCUCUUUCUCGGCAUCCUCCGUCUCCGGGGCAUGGAGUCUCUCGUGCUGCAAAGAAGAGAAGAAGAGACAGGGAGAAGACCAACGCUUCUGGGUCACCAUCAGCCACAACAAACCGAAAGGGAACUCCCUACCAGAAAGCUCAGGGAGGCUUGUAUUCACACAAUGCGGACGGUGCAGAAAUUUGCUACAAGUUUGCCAAGGGCCCAUUAGGGAGUUGCCCAGAAGAUUUGGAGCCUAUGUUCAAAGGCCCCAGGAAGUUCAAGUUUGUCGAGCUAUUUGCUGGCAUGGCAGGUCUGAGCAAAGUGAUCACAGAACUUUGUGGCGAUUGUGUAGAUGUGCUAGACCCUUUGGAUGUGUACGAAGAUUGGGAUAUCUUAGACGACUCGCACUAUACAAAAUCCAAGCAGUUGGUCGAUUCAAUCGAUUGGAUGCACCUUGCUUUUCCCUGCAGAUCAUUUUCAAGAGCCAGGAGAAGCGACGAACAUGGCAAUGUGGAAGUGGUGCGCAGCGAAGCUCAACCAGAUGGGUGGGGGCAUCCAGUCGCCGAAGAAGGAAAUGCAAUCCUGAAAAGAUCAGCGGCCUUGGGUUAUCGUUUGUGCGACGCAGACAAGUUUUUCAGCUUCGAAAAUCCGGAGUGGUCUUAUGCUUGGCUCACUACCGUCAUGUUGAAGUUCAUGAAGUACACGGGGCAGUCGGUCCACGGGUUGGACCAGUGCCCAUAUGGAGCGGAGACAGUGAAGCCGACCGGCCUAGUCACUCAAGCUCCGUGGCUGAAAUCAGUAAACCUGAGGUGUGGGCAAGUCAGGCCACACCGCCACAGAGAAGAAGGGCUCACAGGAAAGACUUGGGACCCGUUGACCGAGCAGAUGGUGUGGAGAUCGUCCAAGGCUGCCGAGUACCCUACGGGACUUUGCAUUGCUUGGGCCAUGUCUCUGAGAAAGUGGCUGUGCUCAGAGGCAGGCACAGAUUGGUUGGCAAAGAGAACCCUGGUCAGAGUUGGAAAAUUUUCAAAUGCCUUGAUCAGGGCAGAUUUUCUUUCCCAGAGCACGUCAGACACCACUUUGUCCUCCAUGCCAUCCUCUUCAACUUACUUGUCACGCGGUCAGAUCAGGGAGCAGGAAAAUGUGGAAUGUGUAGGGGGCCUAAGGGACCCCAGAAGAGCUGUUGCUAGGAGCAAGCCGUUACAACUAGUUGGGCAGCAGCUGCGUGCAUGUUUGGAUCCUUUGCUUAGCAAUGAGGUUCUUGAAGAAUUCGAAAACGCAGACGGACAGCUUUUACCAAAUGACUUGAUUUGGGCAGCCCGGCAGAGACUGGCACAGACGUUUCACACAGAGGUCUUGAAAGAGGGCUACCAGAGCGAGAUCAUCCAUGCUGUCCUGUCAGAGGCAAACGACCCUGAUACUCACACUUUGCACGAAUGGCUGACAUCUGGUUUCCCACUCGGCAUCUCUGAGGGCAUCUGCAACAAUGGCAUCUUUCCAAAAACCGACGAAGUUUCAGCUGCUAUCAAGGCAUCCCAAGCCAUGGGGGAACUCUUGGCAGACUGGGAUGGUUCGGCAAGAAACUACAGAUCAUUUGAAGAAGCCGGCAACAAGGCUCAGCACGAGUUGGACCGGCUGGUGGCUGAUGGCAGAGCAGAUAGAGUGAACACUUGGGAAGAGGUUGUGGAAGUUGUCGGAGAGGAAGCAAAACUAACCAAGAUGGCAUGCAUAGUGAAAAUGAAGGGCGGCCAAGAGAAGGUCCGUAUUGUGGUUGACAUGAGAAGAUCUGGAAUCAAUGGCCACUGCCGGAUUAAUGGCAUGGGUGGCAAACGUGAUUCCUAUGGCGCGACCUUGGGCAUCAGCGCUGUGGGCAGCUCUGACAGCAUCUCGGACAAACCCGGUAAGGGAGACCACUAG